AUGUACUUGGAUAACAAAGAUGAAAGUACUGUUCCUAGACAACAAGAGAUGGAGCUGAAUCAGACAUCUCUACAUCAAACCAGUUUAACUGCAAAAGUGGCAGCCAAACCGGUGACCAAAAGUUGCGAUGAGCUGCGGCUUUUGAAAGAGUAUCAUGGCAUGGUAGCGAGUCUUGGAGAGCAACAGACCCUGUGUGAAAACCCAGCAAUAAGGGAGGAUGUCUGCAUCGCUCUGGGGAAGGAUUUCACUCCUGUCCCCAUUCAGGGAAGAUAUCAUUUUAGUUUUUCCAAAUUAUUCAGCUCAAGGUCAAAAAACACUGGCUUUACAGAGAAGACACCACUACUGAAGGUUUCCUCAGAGCAAAAUGGAUUGCAGUGCGUGGCUCUUCAUAAUCCAGAUUUUACCACAGAUGACGAUUCAUGGGACAACAGCUCUGCAGAAUUUGAGCAAAGGUUUCAACUGGGAAAUGAAAUUACGUGCUUGUCCAGAUCUGCUUCUUCUGAGAGAUAUGAAAUCUUGGACAACCUUCAUGUCAAGUUCAAUUUAUCAAAGAUGAGGUGCUGUCUAAAAUUCCUGAAAGUUUCAGGCCUUUUUAUCUUUGUAGUUGUCUGCUCUAUUUUAUUUGCCACUUAUCCAGAUCAAGGUGUGUCCUGGCAGAUGCUGGCUGUAUCACCUCUGGAAAGUUUCUCUAUGAAUCUGACCGAUUUUCAUGAUUCUCCUCUGUUGAAGUUAGACAUAGGAGGCCCGUUUGCAGGAGAUGUAGUUGAUCACCAAACAGAGGAAUACAUUGUAGUACAAAUCAGCCAGUCUGAAGAUGCUGGAUCGAGGAGGAGACGCCAGCAGCAGGUGGCAUACAACUGGUCUCUGUCUUUAAGUUCAAGAAGAAAUCAGCAAAUCAUCACAACAAGAACCUUUCAGAUACCAAACAGAGGCACCAUCUUCAUAAACAUUCAGGCUUUCCUACAGGAGCCUGGAAGUGUUCCUCUCUCCAUGAAGCAUCAGUAUCUUCAUGCAAAUAUAGAGGCACAAGUAACAAUUGCGUCCAUCAUCUUAGUAGGUGUCUACGUGCUGAUCAUACUGGAAAUUGUCCACAGGACCCUUGCAGCGAUGCUGGGCUCUUUGGCAGCUUUAGCUGCAUUAGCUACUGUUGGGGAGAGACCUAGUAUCGUCAAAGUGGUGGAGUGGAUUGACUAUGAGACACUGGCACUGCUGUUUGGAAUGAUGGUUUUGGUGGCCAUAUUUUCAGAGACUGGUUUCUUUGACUACUGUGCAGUAAAGGCUUACCGAUUCUCUAGAGGCAAGGUGUGGGCCAUGAUUACAUUUCUGUGCCUCAUUGCUGCAAUUCUUUCUGCGUUUUUGGACAACGUUACCACUAUGCUCCUCUUUACUCCAGUAACCAUAAG